AUGGAAACGAACUACACAUAUGAAGACUUCUUAGAUUUACCUUUAGGAUCGCUAAAGGAUUACCUAAACAUCAGAGGUGUUUCGGUCACUGGUAAAAAGAUAGAGUUGAUUGCUAGAGUUUUUUCAGCCUAUGAGUUUAAACUACCGAUCAAGCUAUCCGCCGAGCAGCAGUUUGAAAGCAUAAAGAGCGAAUACCAGAGUCGACUAACAAAAUACACCAUCAAGGAUCCCAGCGCCAGUGACAUCCAAUGGCUAGAUGACAUGACCAAAUGGCCAUCAGUUGACCUUGGUAAAAUCUUUUCUUUUAUUCUAUUACACAAAGAGUUCGAUGCCACAUACAUAGGAAAAUACAAAGAUGAAAAGGCCUUCUCAUACUGGAAAAGCAACUUUGUUGACACUGUGUAUUAUUCGAAGAAUAAUGAUGAUAUAUGUGUCCUCAAGAGCAAAGUCACUCCAUCUCAGAGGAUAAGACAAGAUCCUCAUGAAGCUUGGGUUGCGGUAAAAAGUGAUGGAGCUAUUGUGUGUGGCUGGUGUACUUGUAUAGCAGGCACAAGUGCAACAUGUAACCACAUGAUUGCUUUGCUAUACAAAGUYAACCAUGCAGUUCAGUGUGGCUACAACAAUCCUGCAUGUACCUCAGUUCCAUGCAGUUGGAAUCAGUCAACUCGCAAAGAUGUUGAGCCUUGUAAAAUCAUGGACUUGAACUUGAGAAGAGACAAGGCUUCAAAACCCCAGUCUGGAGAUUCUGAAGGAAUCAUAAGCAGAGCAUGGAAGAAUUUUGAUCCAAGGAAGGAAGGCCAACGAGACAUCAGUGAAGAGAAGAAGAAAGGAUUUGUAGAUGGCCUUAAAAAUGUAGCCCCAAAUGCGCAGAUUUUUAAAAGUGUGGAAUCAGAUCGCCACAGUCAACCAAAGAGGAAUUUGUGCAUGUCCAAUCUUGUCAAGGAUUAUUGUAAUGGCAUUCAAGUAGAAAUAAGUGACCAAGACAAGAUGUCAGGCUUUAUGGAGAGCUUAUCAUUGACUGAUGAGGAUGUUUCUCAAAUUGAAAGAGAAACAAAAGGACAGUCAUCCUCUUACCUGUGGAAAGAACACAGAAAGRGGAGGAUAACUGCUUCCAACAUGAAAGAUGUAUGCACUAAAGUAGAUGCACUUACAAGAAAUAGAGGAGAUUUGAAGCCCAAAACAACUCCUUUAUUGUCCAAUCUUGUUCAUGGUUCAGAGAAUCUGGACCAUGUUCCUCCUAUUAGAUGGGGCAAGGACAAUGAAGAUACAGCAAUGCGAGAACUUCAUGCUGUUGGUCUUGCAAACCACACAAAUUGCAAACUGUCAAAAACUGGCUUAUAUGUUGUUAAAGAUAAACCAUACAUUGGUGCAAGCCCAGAUGGGUUUAUGUCAUGUUCAUGUUGUGGACAAGCUGUGCUUGAGAUCAAGUGUCCUUAUAGUAUACGUGAAUCCACUGUUAUGGAAAGUUGGAGUGACACCGACUUUUUGGAGUAUUCAAAUGAUAAAAUUCAAUUGAAAAGAGAGCAUAA